UGCAUUUUCUAAACAAACAACAAAGCAAAUCUGUCGAGUCUUAAGACGUGGUCGUGUCACUCAGCCAGAAAACGCGUGUGUUCUUUAACAUCGAAAUCAAAAAACAAAUUCAACAGAACACCAACUGAACAUCCUUGCAAAGGACAUUCAAACAAAAAGAGAACCGCUUUGAAGUGUUUUAGAGAAAAAUCUUGCAACAAAAAAUCACCAUGAACUCCAUUGUCUUUGUUGCGCUUUGUUGUUUAGCUGUCGUGUCGGCUCAAAGAGGCAUACCACCACGUCCAACAUCGUUCGAAGGAAAUGCUGUCAUUCUGAAGCAGGAUUUCAAUUUGAACCCUGAUGGCUCGUACAACUACAACUACGAAACAAGCAAUGGAAUUCGUGCCGACGAAGCUGGUUAUCUGAAAAAUGCCGGCAAUCCCCAACUAGAAGCUCAGGUCAUGCAAGGUUCUUACUCUUACACUGGUCCCGACGGUGUUGUCUAUACCAUUACCUAUAUUGCUGAUGAGAAUGGUUAUCGCGCUGAAGGUGCCCAUAUUCCCACACCACCACCAGUGGCUGCUCCCGGUCCACGAGGACGAUUCUUUUAAGUGAAUUUCCCAACUAUCCCAGCAGAAGAAAUUUCUACAAAAGAAUACUACAGCCACGGAACAUAAAUGAGAUUAUUUCACACUACUUCACAGGCAAAAACAAAAAUAGUUGUGUUCUACGAUGUAAAAAACAAGAAGCUGCAAUUUUUCCUUAACUAAUUAACACGCAAGAGUGGCAACACUUGAGAGUAAAGCAAACACACACAAUCAUUUAUUAAUCAACAAUCUUUUUUACACCUUAAAAACCCGCAAAAACAACACAGACCAUGCAACAAACAUUUCCACAGACAUACAUACAUAUGUAUUAAAUACUCAAUAUUAUACUUUACCCCCUUCUCUUCUACAACCCCUAUAACUUUUCUUAUACGAUUAGCAGGAAGAGCAUUGUUUAUAUCUAUCUCUAUAUAUUUACCAAUCACACACACUAUGCACUUGUUUCCAUCAUCUUGACAUUUUCACAUCUCCUCUCGUUCUCCACUGCGCUAUAGUUUUCAAUCGAUUUAUCUGCUUUUCAAUGCUGAAAGUAUUUUUGUGAUCAUUAUCUAUUUUCAUAUACUCUGUAUAACUUUUCUUAAUUAUUUAACAAUUUCAGCUGUUUUUUUUUUUAUUUUCCAAUAAUUUUUAUUGUAUAUUUUUUUCGCUAUUAGUUAAUAAACAUUUAUUUUUGUAAAAGAAAUCUGUUUUGUUUGUAGAAAUUAAAAUGACAUUUGUUUAAAUUAUUUGUUUGUAUAAUUUCGAAAUAAGUUUGUUUAUUUUUACACAAGAAAUAUGGCAACUACGCAAUAAAUAAACU